UCGGGGAGACGCUCCGAAAGUUAUCUUUGUAGUUUGUAAUGAGCGGCAGUAUACCCUACCGUAAAACUCCCGUAACUUUAAUUUUACUGUUGUUUUAAUGAUUAUCAAAGAUGACACUUUAAGGAAUUAGGUUUUGCCUAUUUGUAUUUACGUUUUUUCUGGUUAAUCUCAAGUGAUAUUUUCGUAUCAGUAAUCUGACUCGAUUCUUUCUCGCCUGCCGACUUCACAGCUGCUGAGAAUAUGUGUAAGAAGAGGCGGGCUGUACUGUGGAGGCUUUCUGUUUUCUGCAGAAUAGCUGUGUGGAAUAACACUAAGUAAUGUGGAAAAUAUCGGACUACAAAGCAGGAAAACCAGCGAUCGGACAGAGCACUUCCUUAUAGGUAACUGCAGACUUAAAAAACACCUUUGGUUGGUCCACAGGGAAUCGGAUCCGUAAUGGGGAGAAGUAAAGAUACCACCAUCAACAGUGUACUUCCUAAUCAAUCGUGAGUUUAAUUUUACCUGGACUUUAUCCUGCGAGCUGCACUUGUAAAGAAAACACCUAUAAGGAAGGUUGAAAAGGGCAGGCAAAAGAGGACGCUGAUUAUGACCACGAAAGAUCCAGCCAGAAGGCAUUGGCUUCUGUUUUAAAAAGGAGUGCAUUCGGGAUAUAUACGCAUAUUUCUGGGGUUUUUUUCCAUGUGGAAACUGUUUCAAUGGACGUGUCAGAGAGUGCUUCUUAGUCGAUCACCACUUUCUUAAAGAUUGAUCAUGGUCGCCGGGGUCCGUGCUCUCAUGGUGCUGCUGCUCUGUCAGGUGUUGCUCGGAGGUUCGGUCGGACUUAUUCCGGAGGUUGGCCGAAGGAAGUUCAGCGAAUCGUCUCGGCAAAGCACGCAGCAAUCGGAGGACGUUCUUAACGAAUUCGAGCUUCGCCUCCUUAAUAUGUUUGGACUGAAGCGCAGACCAACUCCAAGCAAGCUUGCGGUGGUCCCGCAGUACAUGGUGGACCUCUAUCACAUGCAUUCAGGGAAUGGAGAUCAGGACCCCAACCGCUCCAGAUCAGUGCUGGGCCAGUAUUCGGAAAGGUCUGCCAGCAGAGCGAAUACAAUUAGGAGUUUUCACCAUGAAGAAUCCUUGGAGGCACUUUUGAGCAUCGGUGGAAAAACAACACAGAAAUUCUUCUUCAACCUGACAUCCAUUCCUGGGGAGGAAAUAGUCUCUGCUGCAGAACUGAGGAUUUUUCGAGAUCAAGUCCUAGGUGCCAUUACAGACAGCAGUGGUGGUUACCAUCGCAUUAACAUUUAUGAAGUUCUCAAACCAGCCUUUUCCUCAAAGGAACCUAUAAUAAGACUUUUGGAUACUAGAUUAGUGCAACACAGCCAGAGCAAAUGGGAGAGCUUUGAUGUGAGCCCUGCUAUAAUGCGAUGGACCAUGGAAGGGCUUACCAACCAUGGUUUUAUGGUGGAGAUUGUCCAUUUGGACAAUGAAGGGGGGGAAGCAAAGAGGCAUGUGAGGAUCAGCAGGUCUUUGCAUGAGGAUGAGGAAACAUGGCCUCAGAUGAGGCCUUUAUUAGUGACAUUUAGCCAUGAUGGCAAGGGACACGUUCUCCAUAAAAGGGAGAAACGGCAAACCAAGCCAAGACAGAAGAAGAGGCCUAAAGCCAGCUGCAAAAGACAUGAGCUAUACGUGGACUUCAGUGAUGUUGGGUGGAAUGACUGGAUAGUUGCCCCACCAGGGUAUCAUGCCUUUUACUGCCAAGGAGAAUGCCCUUUUCCUUUAGCAGACCACCUAAACUCCACAAAUCAUGCUAUUGUGCAAACUUUAGUCAACUCAGUUAACACAAACAUUCCCAAGGCCUGCUGUGUGCCUACAGAACUCAGCGCAAUUUCUCUGCUCUACCUUGAUGAAUAUGAAAAAGUUAUAUUAAAGAACUACCAGGACAUGGUUGUGGAGGGCUGUGGUUGCCGUUGACAAAAGCAGCAUUGUUGAGGACACUUUAUUUCCCAAUGAAGACUUUAUUUAUAUAAAAACAGCUAUUUUGAAAAAAAGUAUAUAUAAAUAUAUUUAUGUCUACUAAGAAA